CCCGGCGCGGCGUCUCCCAGGGCCUGGGAACCCCCCACCGCGCCGCUGACCCGCGCCCUCUGCCCGCAGCGCUGUGCUUCGCCGUGAGCCGCUCGCUGCUGCUGACGUGCCUGGUGCCGGCCGCACUGCUGGGCCUGCGCUACUACUACAGCCGCAAGGUGAUCCGUGCCUACCUGGAGUGCGCGCUGCACACGGACAUGGCGGACAUCGAGCAGUACUACAUGAAGCCGCCUGGCUCCUGCUUCUGGGUGGCCGUGCUGGAUGGCAACGUGGUGGGCAUUGUGGCCGCACGGGCCCACGAGGAGGACAACACGGUGGAGCUGCUGCGGAUGUCUGUGGACUCACGUUUCCGCGGCAAGGGCAUCGCCAAGGCGCUGGGCCGGAAGGUGCUGGAGUUCGCCGUGGUGCACAACUACUCCGCGGUGGUGCUGGGCACGACAGCCGUCAAGGUGGCCGCCCACAAGCUGUACGAGUCUCUGGGCUUCAGACACAUGGGCGCCAGUGACCACUACGUGCUGCCUGGCAUGACCCUCUCGCUGGCCGAGCGCCUCUUCUUCCAGGUCCGUUACCACCGCUACCGCCUGCAGCUGCGCGAGGAGUGACCGCCAGCGCUCACCCGCCUGCCACCCCGGCCGCCCUGCCCGCCUGUGCCCGCCUGCCCGCCGCCCGGCGCGGCCUCUGCUUUCAGACGCCCACCUGGCGUUUGGGUUGGGAUUUCCCUUUUCAACAUCCUGCGGUUGUCUGGCUGGUUCUGGGGGGUGCAGGGCUGUUGCUCUUCCGCGACACUGGUGGGGGUGGGUCAUUUGUCGCCACAGCCCCUUGCCCUUCCCCACCUGCCCGGGCGGCUUGCCACCUGAAGAGUGGCAUCUUGGACCACCGCAGUUGUCCACGACGCUGCCCUGCCCGCCGCCACUGGGGAAGGCCCAGCCUUGCUCACCAAGCACAGAACCUCGCAACAGAGCCCGGGGCCAGGCUCUGGCCCCGCCUGCGGCCCCAGCGCCACUGCCCGUGGAGGCCCGAGCUGGCCAUGGCGCUGCUUUGCUCCGCGCAUGCCGAGGGUGUGGCCCGGCCGAGCAUGCCGCAUGCACACAGCCCUGCCCUGCCGCCCUGCCCGGAGACCCGGGCUGGUGAGCGCCCCUGUCCCUGGCUCCGAGCUGGCCAUGGGAGGGCCUGUCCCUGCCCCCACCCCCUGGAGGGCCUGGUCUGCCCCGCGCCGCCCGGCUCUAUCCACGCCUGCUUUGCUCUGAUGCCCUCCUUUCCUCUGGCUCCGGCCCUUCCCCUGCCUGGGCUGGGCUGGCUGGUGUCAUCACCGGGGUGGCUCCCAUGGUGUCCGUGGCACCGCCGGGGUGGGGGUCCAUGGGACCCCUCUCCCCAGUGCCCACUGGAUCACGGUGGCCUCUCUCAGAUUUCCCUGGGGACCUCCUGUCUCUGGCUGAUGGUCCACCCUGUGAAUCUUACCAGCCCAGGCUGCUGCCAACAGUGCCCAGCCCACAGCUUCUCCCAGCCUGAAACCAACCCAUUUUCUAAUAAGUUAUUUAGACAGAAUAGCACUCUGCAUGACUUUAAUUCUUGGGACAAAACGGUAGUUUGUACCGUAAGACACAGUUUCUGGCCCAGUGUGAUGGGGGUGGGUGGCCGGGUGGGUGAAGCGUUCUGUUGUUGGAGACCUGGAGGGAAACCCUGACUGGGUGUCAUUUCCCACCAUGGAGCAUGCCUCCCAGCCCUGGCCUGCAGGGUGGGCAGGGUGGGGGGCAAGGGAGUCCGCAGCCUCUGGGAGGAGGGGCAGGGCGCUGCCUUGGGCUGGGUGGGAAGAGGGUUGGCCGCCUCGGCUCCUGCUGGCCAUGCUCCUGGUCUCUCCUUCCUGAGGUCACAGGCGGGGGUUGCCCUGGGUGGGGGGGUGGCCUGGAAGGGGAGACAGAGGAGGAGGGUGACACAGGUCGCACAUCCAGCCUAGAGGCAGACCUGGCUUUGGUGGCAGGAGAAGAAGAAACACUUGCCCAGACCCCUUUGUGUAGGGAAUUGGGGAGGGGGUGUGGCAGGCAGGUGGGCCACGGAACUGGGUCCCGGGCACCAAGGCCACGUGCAGGGCCACAGACGGAUGCUCCUCACGAGGCUUCAGAAGUGAGCGAGGGGACGGAGAAGCCCCGCGUCCGAGGGCCUUUUGUCCCGUUAGCAAUUGAGGUGUGCAGAGCACUGUACAGACCCCACUCCCCUGUACAUUCUCCCUGGAGGUGCCCGGUCCCUGCUCGGGGAUGGGAGUUUUGUAGACUGUACAGAAAUCGGCACCCUAUUUUCUUGCAGCUCAGAUUUUGUUAAUCUGGAAUAUACAGACAGACGUAAAGUGUUUUAGCAAAA